GUAAAAAACACGUGUAAAAAUUCUAAAAAAAAAAUUUGUUUUUAGUGAUUAUAAAUUACUUGAUUAACAUCAUAAGUUGAGCAUUGAGAUAUAAUGGAAAGUGAUUUUAUAUGACGUUUUUUUCAAUCAAAGUGUCCCUGGAUACUUUCGAAUAUUGAGACCGCGUUCGAAAUGAAGGGAAUUUAAUGGCGGUUGAAGAGCCCCCACCCUGACCUCAUAUGCAGAGACAGUCAAGGUGUCAACAGGCGAGGCCGAACAGAGUUUACGCGAUAAUUCUUGUCUGUUUAUAUUUGCAGAUUUAUUUUAUCAUUUAUCGUUUUGUAUUAGCAAUAUUUAAGUUGUGAUAAUCAAGAUAUAUAUUUUCAUAAUAACUGGUGUUCAGAGAAUGCAACUGUUCAAAGUAUAGCAUGAUAUCACUAUUUGUCUUUAUAAUAUAAUUGCUCACAAAACAAAUCCAAUAAGCAUGGAUGAUGAGUUUUAUUUUAUCAAACAGCAGUGAGGCGAAUAUACUGUAAUGGGGUGGGUUUUGUCCACCAUAAUAUGGAUUACUAUAUGGAGUUGCCUCUUGCGGGGCUUCGAAUUAGCUCCACAGAUAUCUCCAAAACAAAUUCCUUGUGAUAAAACAAGAAAAGUUUUUACUGAUUCUUGGGGAAUUAUUAGUGAUGGACCAUUGGGAUCAAAUUAUACUCAAGAUUCUCAUUGUGAAUGGCUUAUAAAAGCAAAUAAUAGUCGACAAUUUAUUACUUUAAGUUUUCGUACAAUGGGAACAGAAUGUAGUUAUGAUUAUGUUUUUGUUUAUGAUGGAGAUUCUUUUCGAUCUCCUCUUUUAGGCAGUUUCAGUGGUAAAACUGAACCACAACAAGUAACAUCAUCAUCUGGCUAUAUGUUAAUACUAUUGUAUAGUGAUACAAACUAUGUUUUGGAUGGUUUUCAUGCGGAAUUUUCAGUUACAAAUUGUUCAAACAAUUGUACAAAUCAUGGCAAAUGUAUUGAUAAUACAUGCUUUUGUGAGGAUGAUUGGGGUGGACGAGAUUGUUCUAGAGCUCUUUGUCCAAAUAAUUGCAGUUAUAGUGGAAAAUGUGAUUUAAAACGAUGUCAUUGUCAUAAUGGAUAUUCAGGACAAUCUUGUUCAUUACAUAAAAUGCACCCUGAAGGCAAUAAAUGGCACUGGCUUUCUCAUUCAGAAGGUGGAUUAAGGCCAAGGGCAGCACAUACUGCAGUUUAUAUAAAAGAAACUGAUUCUCUUUAUGUUUUUGGUGGCUAUGAUCUCAAUUAUAUACUUGAUAAUUUGGAAGUGUAUCGAUUUAAUAUAAGUCAAUGGGAAGACGAAUAUGGUAAUGAAUUAGAAGGCAUCUCAUCUGCAGAACAUUUAGAUCCUAUACUCCUUGCCCUUGAAUUAAAAGGAACAAAUGCAGAUGAAAAAGAAUUAUAUGGCCUUCGUACUUCGUCUUUCAUAUGGAAAUUGCUUUCUGGUAUUAAAGAUAAUAAUAAUACCUUUAAUUCACGUAAUCUUGCUAAUGUAGAAAAAAGAUAUGGCUGGUCAGAAUUUAAGAUUGGAGAUCGCGAAAAAAAAAUUCAUGAAACUAAAGAUAAUGAAACUAGUAGAAGUACAGUUAGAAUAGAAAGAAAUGAUGAUCUUAAAAGAAAACAUUCUAGACAUCCUAGACCUCGAUAUGCACAAACUGCAAGACAUCGUAGAAAUCUUGAAAACCUAGAUUUCUAUAAAAAAUUUCAUACUUCAAAUAUAAAAAGUGAUAUAUUAAAUUGGGAAGAGGAAAUUGCAGAAGAUUCUAUUGGAGACAAUAUUUAUGUUCAAGAACCUAAAAUAAGAGACGAAUUAUUUAAAGAUGAAUCUAUUAAAUCAUCAAUUGAUAAAUUACCUAAACCAAGUCCGCGAUAUGGCCAUGCUGCUUGUAGAUAUGAUGGUGGUUUUGUUAUAUAUGGUGGAAAAGUACAAGAUGGUUCUUUAUCUAAUGAAUUAUGGUAUUACAAUGUUAAUACACGUUCCUGGACAUUGAGAGCAAAGAAUUCUCCAUUUUAUCCUCCACAAUUAACAAGACAUACACUUACUUUAGCAAAUAAUUAUAUUUAUCUUUUUGGUGGUAGUACAGUUGAUGGUGAAUUUUCAUCAAAUUUAUAUAAGAUUAAAUUAAAUUUAUCUGAUCCUACAGCAACUACAGAAAAAUGGAAAGAAGUACAUCCUCGAGGAGGUAAAGAGUUAGAUGUACGUGUAGUUGCACAUUCAACUGUAUAUCAUCAAGCUACUAAUUCUUUGUUAAUUUAUGGAGGAGUAGUAGCCAGUGUAGCACGAUUUAGUAAAUUAUCAGAUAGGAUGUUUGUAUUUCAACUUGACAAAAAAGUUUGGUCUGAAAUUCAUUAUCCAAGAGCACAUUUAAGAGAUACUUAUGUUCCAAGAGAACGAGCAUUUCAUACCUGUAAUAUUAUAGGAAAUUACUUAGUUGUAUUUGGCGGAUAUUCUCAUAGACAUAAUAAAGAAGAAAUAUGUUAUGAUAAUCAGAUGUAUCUUUAUCAUUUAGGCUGUCACGCUUGGGUAAGCCAUGAUGUAUUAGGUUUAAAUGAUAAAGACUCUCGUUAUCCAAAACAACAGGGAGUAUUUGCACAUGCAGCAGAUGUACGGAAUGGAAAUACAUUGUUAUUAGUUGGUGGUUAUCAUGGAAAUGUAAAUGCUGAUUUACUUGCAUAUACAUUACCACCAAUGCUUGCUCCAGGAGAUGAAGAUAAUAUAGAACCUGAACAAAUUUGUUCAAGACAUAAAAGUUUGAUGGAAUGUACAGCUAAUCCAGAAUGUGGUUGGUGUUCGGCAGACGAGAUAUGUUACGGUAGGACUAUUGGUAGUAAUUGUACAACAAAUCUUCAAACGACGCGUUGUUUAGGUGUUUGUCCUGCGCUUGGAGAUUGUCAUUCUUGUUUAAUACAUGGUCAACCUGGUGGAGGGUGGGGUACAACUGCACGUGGAAAAAAGUCUGUAUCUAAUAAGUUAAAUCGCGGAACUUGUACUUGGUGUGUUCAAAAUGCACGUUGUCAUCAUAAAGAUGAUAAUUAUGGUGUUUGUGGACUUCGAGAUGAUACACUAUCUCAAAUACCGGGAUGGUGGGGAUCGAAAGGUACAGAAAUUAUAAAAGUUGAAGAAUGUCGGGAAAUGGAUAAAAGACCAGGAUUAACAUUUUUAAAAUAUAAACCUCCAGUAAAUUUUACUCAACCUGAUUCAGUUACGAUAGUUAAUGCUACCACAGUAGAUUUUAGUGUUCCAUCUAUGCAAGGAGCAAAAACAGAGUCAGCACUUGGUGGAGAAAUGAUUGCUAGAUUAAUUGGUUUUCUUAGACCACCUCAAGAUUUUUGGGAUAGCACAGUAGAACAUUUAAAAAUUUGUGUUAGCUAUAAUAGUGCAACAUUACAUGUAUCAAGAAGUGAUGAUCCUCAAGAAUUGGAAUUAGUUGCAAAUUUAACUGCCGAAACAUCGCAAUGUAUUCCAACAAAAUGGCCAGAUGGACAUCAAAUGAUGUUAUUACCAGGUCGAUAUUUAUUAGAUUUUGAAUCAAAAAGAAUGGUUACUGCAAGUUAUGCAUAUGCUAGCAAAAUGGAAAUUAUUCAUAACAAAAAAACUGAGAAUCCAAAAGUAUUUACAUUUGAAUAUCUCGAACCAUUUCAAAACGGUUCUUGUCAUCAAUAUAAAAACUGCCUUCAUUGCUUAACUGAUUCUUCAUGCGGUUGGUGCGAUAUUAUUAAUAAAUGUCUUUCACGUUCAAUUAAUGAAACAGAAAGCUGCAUAGCUGAUGUAGAAUGGGAUGAAGAUGGAAACCCUAUUCGCGAAUGGCAUUAUUUAACUAUAACUCCUUCAGCUUGUGCUAAUUGUUCUAAUUAUAUAUCAUGUGAAUCUUGUGUUGGUAGUAAUUUGUGUGAAUGGUGGACAGAAGAAGCUCGUUGCGCAAGAAUAGGUAGAUUGCCUAAUGCAGUUGUUAGCUUUGAUCAAUGUCCAAUUCCAUGUAGACAACGUUCAAAUUGCACACAAUGUUUAGAUGAGCGUGGAAGAUGUGUUUGGUGUGAGGCCACACAGGAAUGUUUUUCUUUCUCAGUAUAUACAUCUGAAUAUCAAUUUGGUUUAUGUCGAGAAUGGAUGGAUCAGGCUGGUUUAAUGGGAGUAACAUCAAGGUCAGGAUCAUCUUUAACAGGCAAUGAUCAAUGCAAAAGUUGUACUCGACACACAAAUUGUUCUAGCUGUUUACAUUCAUUGAGUUGUGGUUGGUGUUACAGUUUAGAAAAUCCUAUUAUAGGAGCAUGUGUUCAAGGAGAUUUCAAUCAACCACACGUCAAUUGUAGCUUAAUUAUCAAUGAAUAUCAAAAUACAACCUUAGAGAUCAAUGAAUCGGGUUGGGCAUAUGCUCAAUGUCCAGAUGUUGACGAAUGUGACUUAGGUUUACAUGAUUGUCAUCUUAAUGCAGUAUGCACAAAUACUCAUGGUAGUUUUAGCUGUCAAUGUAAAAGAGGUUUUAAUGGAGAUGGCAAAGAAAAUUGUACUAAGACUUGUUAUGAAAAAUGUGUUAAUGGUUAUUGUAGUGAAGCUCCUGAUUAUAAAUGUGAAUGCAAUUUAGGAUGGACAGGACCAGAUUGUAGAACAAAUUGUGGUUGUUAUAAUCACUCUACUUGCAUACAAGGACCAGGUAUUUGUGAUAAAUGUCAAGAUUGGACUACUGGUACAUAUUGCGAAGAAUGUAAGGCAGGGAGUUAUGGUAAUGCUACAACACCUCUUGGAUGCAAAAAGUGCAAUUGUAAUGAACAUGGAGAUAAAGAUCUAGGAAUCUGCGAUCGACAAACUGGUGUAUGUUUUUGCCGUGAUAAUACACAAGGGGAUAUGUGUCAACGUUGUAAGAAAGGUUAUUACGGCGAUCCAAGAGAUGGCGGAAUGUGCUAUUAUAGUUGUAUGUCUCGAGGAAUGCUUGGGGGAGAAGGAAAUGGCAAACAAGGUCUUGGAAGCAGACAUUCACAAUUAUCAUUAUGGGAAAGUCAUUUUGGAGAUUCUCCAACAAGAGAGUGUCUUUGGAUAGUUAGUCCAAAAACAGAUCUUUCAUCAGACAACAUGCUCUCAGGAAUACAAAAUGUAAUACAAUUUACUAUACAUGAUGAUAUUAAUGUUAGUUGUCAAGAAAAUAGUGUUUAUGUAUAUGAUGGACUUCCCGAAUUUGUUUCAUCAGUGACUAGUCAUCAGAGUCAACUUUUAGGUGUUUAUUGUACAGAAAGUACAGAUUAUCCUGUUACUGUAGAAGCUAAAUCAGGAUUUCUUACUGUUCAUUAUAAACAAUUGGAUGAAGUAGAGGGCUUUAAUGCAAGUUAUUUAAUAAUGACUUGUAAUAAUUGUCCCGGAAAUCGGGAAUGUCGAAAUGGUAAUUGCUUAUGUAAAGCUGGUUUUGUAGGAAUUAAUUGCGAUAUUGAAAUAUGUCCUAAUAAUUGCACUUCAACUAAGAAACAAGGAAUUUGCGAUAAAGGUUAUGGCCGUUGUGUCUGUAUACCUGGUUAUGGAGGACGUGAUUGCUCAAUUAAGAUUAAAGAACAUCAAUUAAUUUUUACCGAAUUGUUUAAUUCAGAAUAUUUAGCUGAUCAUUUGGAUCAUCUGAGAAAAACUUUACCACGAUUUGGCCAUACAUUGGUUGCUGAUAGAAGGGGUAGUUUAUGGAUGUUUGGAGGCUAUUCUCUUAGUCAUGGACCUCUAAAUGAUAUUAGACUUUUUGAUACUAAAAAUAACACAUGGAUGCCUAUUACUGUAGAAUCUACUUCAAAAGCCUCUAUGCCUCAAGGUAGAUAUUUCCAUGCAACUGAAAUAGUUCAUAGUAAACAACAAAUAUAUGUUUAUGGUGGUUUGACAAUGAAACAAGAAGAUAUUCAAGGUUUAUCAAAUAACACUCUGAGUGAUUUUUGGAAAUUUAGUCUACAAAAUCAAAGAUGGAUGCAAAUCAUACAAGAUAAGUUUAAAAAAGAACCACCAUCUUUAGCUGGACAUACAUUAACUCUUCGUAGAAAUGGAGAAUCAGAAAGUCUAAUAUUAAUUGGAGGAUUCAGUCCUAAGUAUGGUUAUCUUGACACAGUAUGGGAAUUCAAUUUAGAAACAGAAGCUUGGGAUACAAUAAAUACAAUUGGAAAUGGACCAUUAGGAGUAUAUGGCCAUUCAACUGUAUAUCAUAGCAAGUCUGAUAGUUUUUAUAUUUUUGGUGGAUACACUUAUGCAAUAAAUCGAACAUUUAUUUCUAAUAAAUUAUACGCUUUGAAUUAUAAAACUCGUAUGUGGUCCGUACUUCCUCCAUUUGAUGAUGAUCUCACUGAUGGAAAUAGUUUGCCACAAGCUAGAUUUCUUCAUUCUGCUGUUACUACUGAUGAAUAUAUGGUGAUAUUUGGUGGCCGUCAAAAUCCACAUAAUACUUCAGAUUCAUUGAUUGCUUAUAAAUAUUCAUGUAAUUUAUGGAUUCGUUUAAUAACAAAAGAUAUGGAAGUUAUUGGAUAUCCACCACCUCCAGCAUAUGCUCAUGCAAUGACUCAUGCUGAUCCAGAAUCUAAUGCUGUAUAUGUAGUUGGUGGUUUUGAUGGUGGAAUUAAAAGUCACGUCACUCUUAUAAGUAUACCGGAAGAUUUAUGUAAUCUUUGGACAGAUAAAAUAACUUGCAGAAAAUAUUUUGGAUGUUCUUUUUGUUCUGUUAUUACAAUUAGUGGAAAUAAUGCUUCAUUUUGUUUUUCUAAUGAAAUAUCAAUUAAUAAAGAUGAUAGAUGUGAUAUUAAUGUUACUCAAGCUCAACGAUCAAAUGGAAUCUUUUGUAAUUUAGAAUGGAUGAUGAGUAGAAAAUGCCAAAAUUUUAAAACUUGUACAGAAUGUUUAGCAGAAUGGCCAUAUUAUAAAAGUGAAGAACCAGUAUGCAAAUGGUGUACAAAUUGUUCAAAUGGAAAAUGUAUACCAUCUGAAAAAGAUUGCGAUGAAUUAAAUAAAUGCAGUGUUAGACAAAAAUCGGUAACAGAUGUAAAUCAAUGUGGAGAACGUCAAUGUCCAGCAAGUGAUUGCGAGAAAUGUAACAAUCUUGAAGGUUGUGUAUGGACAAGACAAGUUUUAAAAACUUCUGAAUUGGGACUUGCAGUAACAGGAGAACCUGUCUAUGAUUGGAAUUGUGUACCAGAACAUAUUUUUGAAAGAUCAAGUAUUAAAAUGGGAAGUACGCAAUGUGAAAAACGAUGUGGUGAUCAUAAGGACUGUAAAAACUGUCUAAAAGGUACAGGAGCUGAAGGUGGUUGGCGAGAAUGUAGAUGGUCAACACAACUUAAUGAAUGUAUUUCUCCAUCAUAUCAACCUUUAUACUGUGCUGGCGGUGUAUGUGGUUUGGUAUUACGUAGUUCUGAUAUGGAUCAUUGUCCUGAACCAUGUUCAGUUUUUAAACAAUGCAGUACAUGUUUGAAACAUUCACACUGUGGAUGGUGUUCUUUAGAUUCAGCUAAUAUAACUGGUCAAGGAAUAUGUACAGAAGGUUCAUUAGAAGCACCAGCAGAUCAUCCAGCUGGUGGAACGUGUGAAAUGUUAUAUUAUCAACAGUUACCCACAGUUGAAUUAUUAAAGUUUCUGGAAAUCUCAGACAAUGUUACAAUGUUAAUUCCAAAUGUAAUGUCGAAACCAAUAUUUUCUUGGCAUUAUGUGCGAUGCCCACCAGAAAAUGAAUGUAUGAAUGGACACCAUACAUGUUCUACAAAAAGUGAAAAAUGUUUUGAUUUAGAAGAAGGAUUUGAAUGCAUGUGUGGCGACGGAUAUAAAACUGAAACUCCAUCAUCAUUUAAUGAAUUUGGAAGAAAAAUUUGCGUUCCAAUGUGUACACAAGGUUGUGUUAGAGGAACAUGUAUAGAACCAAAUAUUUGCCGUUGUGACUUCGGUUAUGUAGGUGCCAAUUGUUCCAUUCAGUGCCAAUGUAAUGGUCAUAGUAAUUGUGCAGGUCCAGAUAAAUUAGAUGUUUGUUUAGAAUGUCAUAAUAAUACAAUGGGACCACAAUGUGACAAAUGUAGACCUUUAUUUGUUGGAAAUCCAGCAGAUAAUGGUCAAUGUGUACCAUGUCUUGAAUAUUGCAAUGGACAUACUCGAAUAUGUAUUAAUGAAAGCAUGACUGUACCGGAUCCAAAUUCAAUUGAAAAAAUGUCUAUAGAAUUACUAGAAAAACAAUUAGUUGAAGGCCCUGUAGCUAAAGCCAAAUGCGUAAAUUGUGCAAAUAAUACAAGAGGUGACAAAUGUGGUGAAUGUAUGAUUGGUUAUUUCAGAGGAACAGAAGAUCUUCGUGAUAUAUGCCGAUCUUGUCAAUGCCAUGGACAUGGAUUCACUUGCGAUCCAGUAACAGGAGAAAAAUGCAAUUGUGGUAAUAAUACAGAAAGUGAUCCAACUUGUACUAGUGGACCUAUGAAAAGUACAAAUACUGGUAGUUCACCAUGUUGGAUGGUACAAUGUAGUAAAUGUAAAGAAAAUUAUGCUGGGACACCAACAAUGGGUCAUCAAUGUUAUAAAACUGUAACUGUUGACAACAAAAUGUGCUUUGAUUCUAAAUUAAUAGAUGAAUGUAAAAUGAAACCAAAACCAUUGAAUCCCGGUCAAACGGUGUUUUAUAUGGUACAGCCUCGUUUUAUGAAUGUUGAUAUUAGAGUUAUGGUGGAUGUUACUCAAGGGGCUUUGGAUCUAUUUCUUAGUCCUCGAGAUGAUUCUUUCGUUGUUACAUUAAAUUCAACAACAGGAUAUCAAGAUGUUGAACUGGACAGUAGAUUUAUGUGGCGAAAAAAUUCACAUAAUAUGUGGUUAGAUGAACAAACUCGUAGUCAAAUGAGAUUAGUUGAAUUCCAACCUCAUAACACUUUUUCAUUUGCUUUAAAUGGCACUACAACCGAGCCGACUUGGAAUACUGGCCCUCAAUAUAUUGUAAUGGAAAGAUAUGCAGAAGGUUUAGCUACAUUUUUAACAAUCGAGAAUAGAAAUACAUUCUUGGUAGUUAGAAAUCUUACGAAUCGGUUAGUGUUGACAUUACCACAAGACAAACAUGAACUUCAUGAAACAAAAUUUCAUAUCGCGUUAAGAGCGAUUGAUCCUGUGCAUCCAGAAAUUAGUGGUCGAGCUGCUUACGGGAUGAUUUUUUUUCGACAGGAUCAACUUCAUAUUGAUUUGUUUGUCUUUUUCUCUGUGUUCUUCUCUUGUUUCUUUUUAUUUUUAGCCGGUUGUGUAGUUGCAUGGAAAACGAAACAAGCAGCGGAUGUUCGAAGAGCACGGAGAAGACAUGUUGUCGAAAUGUUGCAUAUGGCUAAAAGACCUUUUGCAUCAGCUACCAUAAUUUAUGAUCGAGAUGGUAAUGACUGUAAUCCAAGCUCACCUCAGCGAAAAAGCAGACGUAAUAAAUUAGUCAGCUUUCAUAGUGAUGUUAGACCUGUAGCAGUUGAACCUACUGAUGACGGAGUUGCGGCUGUAGCCACUGUUUUCAUUAGAUUGCCUGGAGGUCGACAAGCUCCAGUUAAAUUAGCUCUUGGUAGCUCAUUAAUACUAUUAACUAGAGUUUAUCCAGUUAAUAGUAGAGUGUUCCUAAGACGUAGAAACAGUCACGCGUUGAACUGAGCUUCUUUCUAUAGAUAUUUGUUUUGGCUAUUUUGGAAUAGUCUAUUUGUGCUCUCAAAAUUUAUAGCAAAGAAACAUGUAACAAUCAUGUUUAUUUUUUUAUUACAAUUAUUAAUCAUUUUUCGUUGAUCUCAUCUUUUUAAUCGUCAAUCUUGUAGUAUCAUAAUACUUACAAUCAUUUUUCAAAUUGGAAAACUUUUUAUAGAUAGCAUUUAUAUCUCUCGAAUUUAUAUAAGUUGAAUUGAUUUUCAAUCAUUGAAUUUUUAAUAAUAUUCUUUGUUUACUGACAUUAUUCAAUGUCUGCCAGUAAUAUGAAAUUUUAGUCGAAGGGUUGUAUUAUAGUUAUAGAGAAACACUUGUAAAGCUAUUUAAAUUAAAUGAUAAUAUAUAUACAUAUACACAAAUACAUAUAUAUUGUCAUACCAUUCCAUGACGAGACUGUAUGUUUGUAUAUAAAAAAUCUGUAAUUAUCUGUAUUAAUUCGUAAUUUACACGAUUUUGUAGAAGCAUUUUAUGUAACAAGACAUGAUUUUAUGUCUUGAAACAUUUGUAGCUAUCUUCAGAGGAAAAUGAAUGAUUUUGUUGGUAUUUUAAGAAAUUUUAUAUAACCAUCUAUCGAAUUUAAAAUGCAAAAAGAUUACAAAGGCAACUAUAAUAUUUUAAACUAUUAUUUAAAUUAUCAAAAAUUUCAAUUAAUUAAGCAAAAUUGCUGAAAAUUUUGCUAAAUAUAAAUUCAAUAAUAUUCAAAUCUUAAUAAAUAACGAAAAUAACUAAUUUUCUUAUUAUUAUGAAUGGAUUAUUUAAAAAAUAUUAUCUAUUUAAACACAUUAUAAAGCUUGAAGUGAUAUAAUAUUUCAACAAAUUUUAUAAUGGUUCUUUGUAGAUAAUUAUAAUAUAACAAAAACGCAAUAAUAAUCUGUCAACUGAUAUUAUUAUUUUUUAGCAGUUGACAAACAGGGUGAUUUUUAAAUAGGAUGGAUAUACAUAAAUAUAUGAUUAUGUAUGUUUGCUAUAUUAAAAAGUAUUGUUAAAAUGGUGACCGAAAAUAAAUUAUAUCCGCAUAAUUAAAAAACGAUCAGUAUUAGAAGUUGAUUGGAAAGAAGCUCGAUGCGUGCGAAAAGGUUCCUAUGCCAAAAAAUGAGGAAUAAUAUAAAUGUCAUAGUACAUAUGAUAUAUUUAUGACAAACAAAGAUUUUAAUUAGAAAAUGUUGUACAUUGGAGUAUGCACAUUACAAAAUAUUAAUUAUUAAUAUCAUAAAAUAUGAAUUAUAAAAUAUCAAUAAUACGAUAUAUAUGUAUAUAUAUCGUCAUUAUCGAUUUGAAUAUGAUGAAACUAAAAACAAAUGUGUCCUUUAUCAAAGAUAAUAAGCCAAGAUUAUAUAUUAAUCAAAAUAUAGUAAUAAAAAUAGGAUAUUGAUGUAAUGAUAUUAAUAAUGCGUACUUUUAAGAUAAUUUUAAUAAGCAAAUUAAUUGAGAAAGUGAGCAAUGUAGUGACAUAGAUGUAAAUAUGAGGCGUUUUUUUGCUAAGCUGUUAUACGGUACCAAACGAGUUUAAUAUAUUCUGUACAGAUUGUUUCUCAGGAUAGUUGUUACACAACUUGAAUAUUUCUUACUGUAUUUAUAGAAAAAGAUUUUCAGAAUUAAAAAACUUAUAUAUAUUGUAUAUCGUUUAAUCUCAAACUUUUUUAAUGCAAUUUAUUUUUUUGUAUAGUUAAGAUAUUGUAAUUAAUAUGUAUAAUAAUAUUUGAGUAAAUUUUUAAGAUAUUUAUUUUUGAUAAAUGAUAGGAUUAAUGAUAUUUUCUGAAAGUACAGUGUGAAAUUUUCAAGUUAUUUUUGAGAGCAUUCUAAUUAUGUCAUCUAUGUUAUAAGAAUGCACGGUUACUUGAUUAUAGGAACAAUCAUACACUGAGCAAAUAUUAAGUAUGCAUAUGACAAUGUUGUACUUUUUAUCUAUUGAAUCUCCGAAUUUAAUUUUUUUGUUUUUUCAUAAGUCUCGUCAUAUAUCUUGUCAAAUAAUAUUUUUGUUACCAUUUGCUAUAUUUAUCUUUCUCUAUCUUACCAGCAUAUUUUUUUUCGUUUCAUUUUUAUUAUAGUAUACGAUUCUAUUCGUUUACUUUCAUGCGACCAACUAUCCUAACUAUUAUCGCGAGUCUGUAAACAUAUAAGAAUAAUACAAACUAACAUUUAUAUAUAUAUAUUUAUAUAGAUUUACGUAAAUAGAGAUAUAUAUAUUAUAUAUAUAAUAAAUGUAUAUAAUAUAUACUAUGUAUACAUAAUGAAUGUAUAAUUUCUCGGUUGUACAGAUCUGAGCGUUAUCUUCAAAAUGUUCUAUUUUAUAUAUAAUUAUUACAUUGCAUUCAAUGUAAGCGAUAUCUUCCAAUGCCGGCAUUGCAUCAUCGCGUUAACAAAACAUUUGUAACAUUAUGAGCUACCAUCGUUUAUAAAAGUGAAAAUGAAAAGGUUGUGAAGUCCGAGUGUCGGCAUCCUUAGAAGGAUUCGUCAGCUUCAUGGAUUUAUUUGUAAUAUGGAGAAGAAUAUGAGGUUGUGCUAAUGAAGAUUAAUAAAUUGUAUUGAGAAAGCUUUAAUAAAUAUGUGUAAAAUUGGGUUUCA